AUGCAAAAGUCAUCGACUUCGGCAACGACUGGAUCAUCAUUCUUUGGAUCAAAGGGAUCGAGUUCAAAGGAUACUGUAAAGAUACAAUAUAAUAUAAGGAUUAAUAGGAUUGAAGGUCUACCAAGGACAUCAAAGAGUACUGUUUGGGUAUCAUGGAAACGUGGCAAGAAGCCAGACAAUCAUGGCGAAUCAAAGCAUUGUGUGGCUAAAGAUGGUACGGCCAUCAUCGAUCAUCCAUUCACUAUCAAUGCCUCGUUGCUCAAAGAUAAGAAGGGACUGUACCAGCCCAAGAAGAUAAAGUUCUCAAUCACAGAGGACAAGGAGAAGGAUCCCAAAGAUAAAGACAAGGGCAAGAAGACCAGCUCAUUACUAGGCACCGUCGAGGUGGACCUUUCUCAAUAUGCCGAGAGCAAGACUGAGCGAUCAAGGACAUUCCCAAUCAAUGACAAGUCAAAGGCCACCGCAAACCUAUCUGUAUCAUUCCAAUCAUCAUUACUUAAAGUGAAUGGAAAGAGUUUGAUCAAGACUGAGGACCCUCUACAGAAGGAGAUAUUGGCGGGACUGGGAAAACAGGCGAUACAAGUUGAUGGCAGCGAGUAUUUCUUAAAGACAGAGCCAGAUAUGAGUGAUCCAGAAGCAACCGACUUCAAUCUGACAAGCGACCAUGACUCGGAGGGCGAAGGCGAUGAGGAGGAUGAGGUCGCCAGCUUUGAGGACGAUGCCGCCUCUGCAUCAUCAGUGUCAUCACUCAAACAAGCCGACUCGAGUCCUCUGCACAAGGACCAUGCCAAGCCAGAGUCCACGAGCAGCACUGCCGCCACAAGCAUCUCGACGACACCACGUGUCGCCAGCAAGGAGCCAAAGGAUGAGACACCAGAGACCAAGCUGAGGAAGUACAAGAAGAAGGUCAAGACGCUCAAGAGCGACCUGGAGAAGACAAAUGUGUCAGUGUCGCGUCUGACCAAGGACCGCGACGAGAAGAUGGAGGAGGUCAAGCGCAUGCUCAACGACAUGGAGCGUAUCAGGGAGCGAUCAAAGUCGAUUGGCGACAACGUCAUUGGAGAGUACACAACAAAGAUCGACACAUUGACUGCACAGGUGACCACAUUGCAAUCGGACAACAAGGAGCUGAUCGAGCAGCUGCGCAUCCAGAAGAAGCAGAACUCCAAAGAGAUGAACGACAUUGCCACGAUGCAGAGUCAGAUGAUCACAAUCAACUCGGAGAAGAGGAAGCUGGAGGAGCGCAUCAAGGAGUUGGAGGGAUUGCUCAUCAACGAGAUGAAGGAGGACUCGCGGAAACAGCCCGCCGUGGUCCAGCAGCCGGACGCCACCGCAGCACUCAAACAGAUCAUCGCGCAACUCGAACAAAGUUUGAAUGCCGCCAACGAGAAGAACCUGCUGCAACAGAGUGAGGCCCGCAAGGAGGCAGAGAGAGCCAAGACGCAGCACGAGGAAGAGUUGGCAGCAAUGAGGGCCAAGUUUGCCGAGGCUGAGGAGGGCCACAAAAAGGCUUUGACGGAUUUGGCAGCGAAUGAACAAUCCGUGGUCAGCCAAGUCAGUGGUCUCAAUACGGAGAUUGAUCGUGUCCGAUCACAGGUCAACUCAUUGAUGCAGCUGGACAUGGACAACCAGGACAAGAUCAGUGCGCUCACAGAACAAGCCGCGGAUGCCACCACAAAGAAUGAUGAGCUGGAGAAGGUCAAAGAGCAGUUGGAAUCACAGAUCAAGUUGUUGAAUCAACAGAUUGAUGAACUGCGAGGUACUGGUCAUACAGUCGAUGAGCAAGCCACAAUCAUACACGCAAUGGAGAGCAAUUUGAUGGAACUACGACAAGUCAACCAAUCUCUAAAGUCUGAGUUACAAUCAAUCAAGGACCAAGCAGUGGAGGACAAGAAAGACAAUGAUAACCUUCAAUCAGAUGUCAAGUUCCUGGAAAAUCAAUCAAGAGAAUACCGGGACUCCGUUGACAACCUUCAAUCAGAGAUCAAACAACUCAAUGAUCAAGCAAGUGAGUACCAGGACACCAUUGGAAGUCUUCAAUCAGAGAUCCAAUCACUCAAGGAUCAAGCAAGCGAGCACCAGAGCACCAUUGGAAACCUGCAAGCAGAGAUCCAAUCACUCAAGGAACAAUCAGACUCUAAUGUCCAACAAGCAAGCGCAUCAGCCAGCACACUGAUCCAAUCACUCAAGGACCAAGUGGACAAGGAGAAGAAGGAGAGGACCAAUCUACAAGAAAUUGUGCAAUCACUCAGGGACCAAGCAGAGGAGGAUAGGAGCGAGGCCCAAUCACUCAAUGAUCAAGUCGAAAGAUACAAGAGGACGAUUGGAGAUCAUCAAGAUGAAGCAAUGCAUGCAAGACAGAGGAUGAAUGAGUUGAGUGGCCAACUCAAGGGUAUGAAGAAGGAGCUAAGCGAUGCUAAUGAGCGAGUGGUAUCACUCGAGACCGAGCUUGAUGAGGCCAAACAACAGCAAGAGCAACAAGGCAGCAGCAACAACAACAGUGACAGCGAUGAAGAGGAUAUUGAUGAGCUUAAGGAAAGGAUAGAGAAGUACAAGGGAAAGAUCAAGGAUCUGAAGCAGGAGCUAGAGGAGAAGGAGGAAGAACUCAUCGAGAACAAGAUCAAGUAUGAAGACUCAGUCCAAAGCCUCACUGAACAAUCCACCACUAUUACCAACAACGAUGACAACAAAAACAACAACAACAACAACAACCACCAAAACAAUGAAGAAAUGGAUCGACUCAAUGGCCAGGUACAAGUGCAACAGGCCACCAUUGAUGAGCUGAACGAGGGUAUUCGUGCAAUGGAGGUGCGACUCAACAAUGCAACCAAGGACUCUGAUCAUGUCAAACAGCAGUUGCAACAGGCCAAGACAGAGUUGAUCAAGUACAAAGAGGACAACUCACGCAUUGAGUUGGAGGAUCUUCAGAACAUCGAACGAAGUAUCUACUGGCCCGAGCUCGACUUUGACCGUAAUGAUGCUCCACACAGCGGAAUCAGUGUUUGGCAGUUGAUCGAUUCCAUUGGAGGUGUAUCCAAGCCAGACAACAAGAGGAUACUGUCCAAGAUCACAAACGCCCUGGAGAAGUCAUUUGUGAGAUCAGGUGUUGAUUGUAAAGUAAUAUGUUACUGGUUCUCAACCAUUGUCCAUUUGUUACAGAAGCUACAACAGAGUGCACUGAUACCACAAUCAGCUGAUCCGACUAUAUCUGGCAUUGAGAUCUUUGUAACAAUCAAACUAAUAUCCAUCAUUGAGUCUAAACUGGAGAAGUUAUUGUUACCAUCAAUCUUUGUUCCAGAUAGUAUUAUACUUGAAAGCCAGAAGGCUGCUUCAAAGUUAUCGCCAUCAACAUCAAAGCCCACUCACUCAAUCAACAAGUUGUUGGCAUUCUUGGACUCUAUCAUCUGUUUCCUUGAGGAAGGCAGAGUCUGUUCAAAGAUCGCAAGUCAACUGUUAAACCAAGUAUUCUACUUUAUCAAUGCACAGAUAACAAACAACUUCUUACAGAAUCCACAUGUGUGCCGUGCUACGAUGGGAUUCAAGGUGAAGAUGGGAGUGUCGCGACUAAAGGAAUGGUGUUCCACCACCAACUACAAGUCAAUCAGUGAUCAGUUGGACUCAUCAUUGGAAGCUGCCAACCUAUUCGUCCUGGACAAGUCGAUAUUUGUUGAUGUUGAGGCUAUCAAGCCCAUCUUCCAGAAGCUCAACCUGCUCCAGAUCAAGAAGCUGUUGGAGAGCUUCGAGCCCGAUGACCUGUCGCCCGAUCCCCUGCCAGCCCAGCUCCAAAAGGUGCUUCGUGAUGGAUGGACACGUACAUCCGCGCCAACCAAUGGUCCAUUAUUAAUUGAUGUAUCCAAAAAGUUGAAGAUAUAA